AGUCUUUUAUUUUGAAAUCCACGACAGAAAGUGCAAUACAUUUUUGUUUACGUCACUGCAUUAUUGAGCUUCAGGAAGCGAUUGACAACCCACCAAACGAUCAAAAUUUGUUAAAAAGUGGCAUUUCUGGAUGUUUGUUGGUGUGUGAGUGCGUGCCGUUAGUGUAGUGAUUCCCAGGGCAUGUUUGUAGUAAGUUUUGAAGGGUCUGAGUGUGUGUAUUGAGUUGCUGUCAGCAGUGAAGUGCACACUUGUCGAUCAGCAUCCAGAAACCCCGGGGCUCGAUUAUUGAUCCGUAUUGAACACUUUAACCGGGGCUGAGAGUGAAUAAUGGGGGCUCACACCAGUGAGGGACGCCGGGAUUGGCUCCAGCAGGACUUCGGUGAACAGCAGGUCCAGACGGUGAAUCCCUGGAACAUCAUGAUCAAACACAGACAGGUGCAUCGCAGAGGACGACGCUCUCAGAUGGCAGUGAGUUAUACAGAUCCAAUCAUUUCCAUGGAUCUCCUGCGGACAGUCCUGCAGCCCAGCUUUAAUGAAGACAUCCGUGCGGUUUUCAGGAAAUAUAUGAAGUUCUUUGAGAAGGCCGCCAGUAAUGUGAAAGAGAAUGUUGGAGGAGACACUCAGCCCGAUCAGCUGAUCAGAGACGCUUGCAGAAACUGCCUGGAACAUGCCAAGCAGCUCUUUCCUGAAGCAGAGAAAACGGCUCCGAAACCUAUUGUCGACCCCACAGUGAAGCGUGCCCGGCAGCCAGAUGACACCUCAGGCCAGAGGGACAGUCCCGUCCCUAAAAAGAGGAAAGGUCGUCCUCCGGGUUCAGGAUCACAGUAUGCAUCGGCCCAGUACAGCACUCCAGCAAAACUCAAAGUAACUGAGCCAAUAAAGCGAGAAGGACCGAAGUGGGAUCCAUCCAGAUUGAACGAGAGCAGCACAUUCGUUCUGGGAUCCAGGGCAAAUAAGGCGUUGGGAAUGGGCGGUACAAGAGGAAGAAUCUACAUCAAACAUGCAGAACUCUUCAAGUAUGCGGCUGACGCUCAGGACAAACACUGGCUUUCAGAAAGACAGCACAUGAGAGCCACGGGUGGAAAGAUGGCCUAUCUGCUUAUAGAAGAGGACAUUCUAGAUCUUGCCAGAAGUGAUGAUUACAAGGACUCUCCGGAAUUGAAAAUGGAUGAAUUGAAACCUUUUAGCGUGCCCAUAUGGAUGGUGGAGAAGAUGCAGAAAGCGAUGGAGGUGCAGAAAUCGGAAAAUGAACUUGCCGUGUAAUGCCAACACCGUCAGGCAAGUCGCUGGACCACGGACACUCUUUAAGUGUUAUAAAUUCACAGAACUGUAACUUGUUUUUUGCUGUUUGUUUGUUUAUGUGAUGAUCAUAAGGCCUGGGUCUACUGUAAAAAAGUCGCCCAGGAAUUGUUAUGCAGGAGGUUUACUUGGCAAAUCAGAUUUUCAUGUUUCAUCUGUUAUGAAAUCUGUGUGAAAUGGUACAAAUCUGAUUCCUUUUUUCCCUCCAUCCUCAAUUUUUG